AUGGAUGCAGAUGUUGUGAAAAAUGGCAGCAUUGCCCGCCAGAACCGGGAGCUUGCGGAGUGGCAUCGCAACGCCGACUACUCUAUCUUGCAUCCUCCAAACGUCAAGAUACCAUGGUCUAUUACAGAUAGGUCAACAUGGUCAGAGAUAAGGAGAGUACCAGCAGGCCUUCGGGUGUUGGAAACUCAAGCCGACAAACCCAACGGCAGAUUAUCUGUGACAUGUGCAGCCAAAUAUUUGUCUUUCAAAAGCGAGGCAGAUUUCCUCUCGUAUGUGGAAGUUGUUGUACCAGAUAUUGUUGGACCAGCGAAUUAUGUUUUGCACGGCGAUAGUUUCAGCUACAAGGACAGGAUCAAUGCUUAUUCCAAUACCCCAUUCGCCUUGCAUCCGAGCACCCAGAACCAAGGCCUUAUUGACCACAUUCAGAAUCAGAAUGUAGAUGAUGUCAUGGAGCACUCACCAAGAAACAGGACUCUAGGUAGUUGCAACUACAAGCCAAAAUCUCUUCUUGGUUUCUUUCGAGAGAACGCUGCUGUGCGCGAAUGGCUCACGACUUUGGCUACACUUCUUACCGAACCAAAGCUUAUCCCGACCUAUGUCCCGAUCCGCCCUGGAACUGUCUCUGAUUUCAUGCUCUUCGCUACAGUCUAUUGGCGUGAGGAUGGAUCCUACAAGUCUACUGACCCAUAUGCCCGACGCUCCCCUCUUGGUUUUCCCGCACCGAACUCGAACGAUGAGAAAGCGUUUGGUUAA